AUGAGCCUCCACAUGAGCGCCCUGCUCCCCGCCGCCUCCCGCGCGGCGGUCGUCGGCGCGCGCGUCCUCGCGGCGCGCCCAUCCGCGGCCAACUCGGCCACCCUCCGAGCGGCCGCGGUUCGCCGAGACGGCGCCCACCGCGCCAGGCUCUUCUGCGCCUCCGCCGCGGUGAAGGAGCCCGAGGUGGCCGCCAAGGCCGGCACCGAUGCACCCACCCCAACGCUCGCGUGGAAGGCCGCCAUCGACUUCAAGCGCAUCAAGGAGAACCCCGACGCGAUCCAGGCCAACGCCGACAAGCGCGCGGCGCCCUGCGACGUCGCCAAGGUGGUCUCCACCUACGAACGCUACCAGGCGCUGAACAGGGAGUGCGACGAGAUCCGCGAGAAGCGCAACGCCAACGCCAAGAGCAUGAAGGGUAAGAUGGAGGCGGACGUCAGGGCCGCGCUCGUGGAGGAGGGCAAGGCGCUCAAGGACCAGCUCGCCGCCAUCGAGGGCGAUCUCAACGCCCUCGAGGUUGAGCUCCAGAUCGAGGGACAGAAGAUCCCCAACGACACGCACCCGGACGUGCCCAUCGGCGGCGAGGAGAUGGCGGUGCUCAGGCGCGAGGUGGGCGCCAAGCGCGACUUCUCCUUCGAGGUGGCCAACCACGUGGACAUCGGCGAGAGGCUCGGCAUGUUCGACUUUGGCACCGGCUCCAAGGUUUGCGGAUCUCGGUUCGUCUACCUCACCGGAGCCGGAGCCAUGCUCGAGCUGGCGCUGAUCAACUGGGCCAUGCAGAAGGUGGUGAGCAAGGGUUUCAAGCCCAUGGUGGUGCCCGACCUGGUCAGGCAGAGCACCAUGGAGAAGUGCGGGUUCCAGCCCAGGGCGGAGAACACCCAGGUGUACAACAUCGAGUCCUCCGAGCUGUGCCUGGCGGGCACCGCGGAGAUCUUGCUCGGCGGCGUGUACAUGGACGAGGUGGUCGACGAAAAGCAGCUCCCGAUCAAGAUGGCGGCCUUCUCGCACUGCUUUCGCACCGAGGCUGGCGCCGCGGGAGCGUCCACGCGCGGCAUGUACCGACUCCAUCAGUUCUCCAAGGUUGAGAUGUUCGUGGUCUCCACCCCGGAGCAGUCGGACGAGCUGCACGACGAGCUCAUCGGCAUCGAGGAGGAGAUGUAUCGCGAGCUGGGUUUCCACUUUAAGGUUCUGGACAUGAGCAGCGAGGACCUGGGCGCCCCCGCGUACCGCAAGUUCGACAUCGAGGCGUGGAUGCCGGCGCUGGAGAGGUACGGCGAGAUCUCCUCCGCGAGUAACUGCACGGAUUACCAGGCCAGGCGGCUGAACAUCAAGUACAGGCCAAACGCGGUGGAUGGGAAGAAGCAGCCGCUGGCGCACUGCCACACCCUCAACGCGACGGCGUGCGCGGUGCCGAGGAUGAUCAUCACGAUCUUGGAGAACUUCCAGAACGAGGACGGGAGCGUGAACGUGCCGGAGCCGCUCCAGCCGUUCAUGGGCGGGCUCAAGGUGCUCACCCCGGAGGUUGUCGCGGAGGCCAAGUGACCGAAUCGACUCGAGCCCGAGCGAGCGCGGUGUGUGACGGCGUUUUGAGCCUAAUGGUUGAUAUAUUUAUACGUAAGUUUACGGUGUU